AUGUUUUCCUGGACAUACUCUAUACUUUUGAUAUAUUUAUCUACAUUGGAUGAGUUGACGUGCUCUCGAGUCCUAGAUGCAGUCAAUCAAAAGAGUGUUUAUGUAUCGGAAUAUUGCCCAAAGAUGCAGUACUGUAAGGAAGGAACACAUGUUAUGUGCAUGUUUUAUAAUAAGGAUAAAGAAAUGGGACCACACUGUCUCAACUCACCGAACAUUACUAUAACUCCUGUCUUAGCAUCGAAACUUUUGGAAAUAUCAAAUGCUAUAAGAAGUAAAGUUGCUCUGGGCAGGGAGAAGGGGAAAGACGGAAAACCGUUGCCUAGGGGCUUUGGAAUGCUGAGAUUGCAAUGGGAUGAAGAACUGGCAACAUUUGCUCAAGUUUUAGCCAACCAAUGUGUGUUAAGACAUGAUAUUUGUAGAGCAACAAAGACUUUCCCGGAUCCAGGACAGACAGCUGGACUAGUUCGAUAUACUUAUCCUGAUUGGAAUUCAAUAUCAAGAACAUUUCCCAGCGGAGAUGAUAAUGUACCUGGACUUACAGAAGAUAAGUUAAUAUACGCAAUCAAACAAAGUACAAAGUCAUGGUACAUUCAGAAGACUUCUGUUACUCCUGAAAUGAUAAUGAACUAUCCUGACUGGCUACAACAUCCGACGAAACAUGCCGGCAAAUUGUACCUAGAAAUGAUAACAGGUCACGCAACGCACAUGGGCUGCGGCAUAUCUGCCUAUACUGAAUACACGUAUAGGAACAACUUUGCUGCUAUGAGUUAUAACUCUGUUCAAGUGAUAUGCAACUUCUCUGCUCGGCCAAGUCCCGGCACAUCAGUCUAUAACACGGAGCCACCUAUAGACUCUCCACCGGGGACACAAUGCGGCUGCCCUCCUGGGUUCAACGAGGAUGAAGACUGUUUAUGCAAUGAAAGUUUCAACUAUAGGCCGUUUUCAAAAGAUAAACCUUCGUGCAAUGGAAAAAACUGUGUCCCACCUAUUGUUUUAUUGCCAAUUAUUGCAAUGGAGGACGCGCCUCCUCAUAAACUGAAAAGCCGAAGAUAUAAUAACAAUACAGAUGAUCAAUUUGAAAAUAUGGACAUAUUUAGUAAUGAUAAUUCUGAUAACAGCAUUCACGGAAAAGAGGCCUACAUGACCAGUGACUUUGAAAAGACUCUACGCGAAGCACGCAUCAAUUUGCAACAAGCAAGAGCACUAACCCACAAAGAGAACACCUGGAAAAUACACAAUGGAUAUUUUGGAAAAAGUUCGUUAGCUCCAGAAAAUAGGCAAACAGUUCCGCAGGCCACCGAUUUGGGUCGAACUACUAUCAAACAUAAUGCAAGAAAAAGUAUUUUCUCAAAUGUCAACAAUUUUAAGCUACCUGUAAAAGUUCUUAUAAAAAAAGAUGUCCUACCAAGAAAAGACUUUGCAAAAGUGCAGAACCUUGUAAAUAAAUAUUUAAAUAAAAAGAGAAAUUUCACUUCAGCUCAGCCAAGUGAAGAGGAUAAAACACGUAUAAAAAUUAAUGAGGACAUAUUUAGCAACGAUUCAGUUUCUAAAAUAUAUGCUAAAUCCACAAAUGUAAAUGCAGACAAAAAAGUUAUGCAUUUACUAGAUAAUUUAGAACAAGAAGUUGAUCAUAUAAAUUUUGAUCAAAACGAAAAAGAAAUCUUAGAUAGUAAACUGAGGAAAAUCUACGGACGUAUAAGUAAUGAACCAAAAAAUCUGAUAUCUGCAAGAAAGCUUGAGGAUAAUGCUUAUAAAAGUAAAAACAACGAAGAAAGAGAGAAUUUUAUUAAAUACGAAAAUAGAGUGAACGAGCAUUUGAUGAACGUGGAAAGCGAACCUCAAAUAUAUUUAAGGGAUACUAAAAAUGGUCGAACACUUAACUUUGAUGAUAGGAAUUACCAAAAUCGAUUGGUAGAAAAAGAAAGGGACUAUGAAGAUAAUUUAGGUACAUUAAAAAAACGAUUAGAGAAACCUAUUAAUGAUAAUGUAUACGACAUUAAUGCGAAUUUAAAUUUUAAUAGACUACUAGAUAGAAAUACAAGAACUAUGAAUGCAUUAGUUGAAUAUAGUCAUGGCCAAGAUAAUACAGAUAGAGAUCUAAUGAACUAUCGUAACGAUGAAAAAAUAAAUCGACGCAAUAUAAGAAAAAAUGAUUUACCUGAUGAAAGAUACGUAUCUAAAAAUUAUGAGGAUCCAAGACAGAAGAAUUAUUAUCCCGUAAGUCGUAUGCUUAGUGAUGGACAACUUAAUUAUAAGAGACGUAAAUAUUAUCAAGACAAGUUAGAUUAUUUAGAAAGGAAACUUCAGAAGGUACGAAAUCAUAGGCGACAUAAUAAGCCAAAUGAAAAUCGUCAACUUCGACCAUUCAAAGUCGAUAGAAAUGAAUUAGAAGUAAGACCAGGACAACAGAAGAUAAGAAAGAACAUAUUUUAUAUACCUGACAGAGCAAGAAGCGUUCAUGGAAUAUAA